CCUGCUGCCGUUCUUGUUAUCGCUCAGUGUCUUGCUCGCCAUGAUGGAAUACCUCUGAUACCAUCCAUGAUUGAGGAAUGCAGGAAUCACGUGAUCAGCAACUCGCCCAAUCUUCUGGGUUAUGCGCUGUUACUCUGCGCCAUACUCAAGCAUGUGGACAGGCAACAUCUUCUUCCACAUGUGGAUAUGAUACGCGAAGCAGCUGAAACACAUUUUCCAUUCAAGAAAUCUGUGACCGACACACUAACCAGAAAAAUAUUCAUCAAAAUGGUGCAACGACUUGCUUUGGUUGUGCUUAGACCGAGAUUGGCUGCCUGGAGAUACCGCCGAGGGAAGCGACGUCUUGAGGAGAAUCUUAAAUCAACAAAAACGAAUGGGAAUGCAGAAAUAUCUCAAAACAACAUAAGUAGUGGAAUGGGAGGAGAAGAGAUAAUCUCUGAUGAUGAUGAGGAAGAUGAGAACCCUGAUGCACUGGUAGAAUGGGCUAUUGGUUGCGUGCUAAACGCUUUGUCAGAUGAUCACACUACUGUGAGGUGGUCUGCUGCCAAAGGUGUUGGACGCAUAACUGCGCGUCUUCCGAAGGAAUUAGCUGUGCAAGUAGUCGAUUCCGUUCUUUCUACGAGUUUUCAUCCACUUGCUGGACAUUGUUCGUGGCACGGUGGCUGCUUGGCAUUAGCUGAGCUAUCACGGCGAGGAUUUUUGUUGCCUGAAGCAUUAGAUAAGGCAUUCCCUAUCGUGCAACAAGCACUAUUUUACGAAGAACCUAUGGGGCGGCAUGCACUUGGGAGUAAUGUUCGUGACGCAGCGUGCUAUGUGCUUUGGGCAUUUGCUCGAGCAUAUGAGCCUGAACAGCUGAAGAGUUUCAUAGACGAUGUAGCCACUAGCUUGAUGUGUGCUGCGUUGUUUGACAGAGAGGUAAACUUGCGUCGAGCAGCGUCUGCUGCUUUCCAAGAGAAUGUCGGCAGGCAAGCAAACUUUCCUGAUGGAGUUGCGUUGCUAACUACGGCGGAUUAUUUCGCGGUAGGAAACCGUUGGAGAUGUUACACAAAAGUUUGCGCAGAGGUUGUUCGCUAUCCCAAAUAUGCAGACGCUAUAGUUGAUCAUCUACUUGAAAAUAAGAUCAUUCACUGGGAUGAAGUUGUGCGAGAACAAGCUGCUAUAGCUCUCAGCAUUCUUGCUCCCUUACAUCCUCAUUACCUAUCUGCCAGGCUAGGGAAUCUUCUAGCUGGUUGCAACACAUCAAACCCAGUCCAUCGUCAUGGCUACCUGCUAGCACUUUCACAUUCUUUACAAGGGCUUCUAUCCUCUCGAUUUACUUGUGAUAAAGAAAUCGAAAAUUGGCAAGAACGCUUGCUUGCCUUCGCAUGCGACGACACCGCAGCAGUGAGAACUGCUGCCGCUUUAGCAGCUUCCACGUUUUUCCCUGCAUAUUUCAAGGAAAACCUCUCGGUGAACAUAGAUGCUUCUUUGAAAGGCUUUAUAUCAAAGAUGACUAAUCCUCGCAAGGAAAAUGAGCGAAUAGGUGUUUGUUCUUUGGUCUCAUAUCUCCCUUCGCAAUUUGUCACUGACGAUUUAUUUGCCGCUCUUUGUAAUGUUAUUACGAGGCCAACCGAUAUAGAUGCUAAAUGGGCAUUAGGUCGUCGUUCAGCAGUUGACGCACUGGGCGCACUUUAUACUUCCCAACCCAAUGAGAAGUGGACUGGUUUUGUAUUUGAUGCUCUCUUUCAAGCUGUUAAUGAUUACACCACUGAUAGUCAUGGGGAUAUUGGACGACUGGUGAGGAUGUCAGCAAUGUGCGUAAUGACAAAUUUGUUGUGCCUUCCGAACACCAAAGAAGGUGUUCUGAAAAAUUAUGUGCAACGCGCGGUCCAGGGCAUGGUACAGCAAAGCGUUGGCAAAAUCGGUCGAAUACGGGAGACUGCAUGCAAAUGCAUCAUGACGUUGCUCGCUUCAAAAGCAACCAGAAGCUAUAUUUCACAUGCGCAGGAACUUUCAUCGAUUUACCGCAAUGAGCACGACUUUAUUCAGGUGCUUUUUUGA